CUCUUCGACUCAGCCGUCCUUUCGCACCAACCAUUUGGAGUUGGAACCUAGGAGGAGGACGACGACGACAAUGGCCCCGAAGAAAGGAGUUAAGGUAGCUGCGAAGAAGAAGCCGGAGAAAGUUACAAACCCUCUAUUCGAGAGGAGGCCUAAGCAAUUCGGUAUUGGUGGAGCUUUGCCUCCUAAGAAGGAUCUCUCUCGCUACAUCAAAUGGCCCAAAUCUAUCCGUCUUCAAAGGCAAAAGAGGAUCCUUAAGCAGAGGUUGAAGGUCCCUCCAGCUCUUAACCAGUUCACCAAGACUCUUGACAAGAAUCUUGCUACCAGUCUCUUCAAGGUCCUUCUCAAGUACAGGCCAGAAGACAAAGCUGCCAAGAAAGAGCGUCUUGUCAAAAAGGCCCAAGCUGAAGCUGAGGGAAAGCCUUCCGAGUCUAAGAAGCCCAUUGUUGUCAAAUACGGCCUCAACCAUGUGACCUACCUCAUUGAGCAGAACAAGGCUCAACUUGUUGUCAUCGCUCAUGAUGUCGACCCAAUUGAGUUGGUUGUCUGGUUGCCUGCUCUCUGCAGGAAGAUGGAAGUCCCCUACUGCAUUGUCAAGGGCAAAUCUCGUCUUGGCGCGGUCGUUCACCAAAAGACUGCUGCUUGCUUGUGUUUGACCACUGUCAAGAACGAGGACAAGCUAGAGUUCAGCAAAAUCCUAGAGGCUAUCAAGGCUAACUUCAAUGACAAGUACGAGGAGUACAGGAAGAAAUGGGGAGGAGGCAUAAUGGGAUCAAAGGAAUCGGUAACGGGCAUGGAAGCCACUGAUCCAAGCGCAGAGCUUGAGCUCUACACCAUUCCUGCUCAAUCCAGUUGGUUCUUAUGGGAUGAUAUCCACGAAAUUGAAAGACGCGAAUUUGAGGAGUUCUUCACUGAGAGCUCAAUCACUAGAACCCCCAAAGUUUACAAGGAGUACCGAGAUUUCAUCAUCAAUAAGUUUAGAGAGGACACUUCUCGGAGGCUCACCUUCACUAGUGUCCGCAAGUUUCUCGUUGGCGAUGUCAAUUUGCUUCAGAAAGUGUUUCUCUUCCUCGAAAAAUGGGGAUUGAUCAAUUUUAGCUCUUCCCUCAAGAAAAGUGAUCAUCUCUUGUCCGUGGAUAAUGCUAAAAUCGAACAAGGGACUCCCGCUGGAAUUCGAGUUACUGCAACCCCUAAUUCUCUGAGGCCUAUAACCGCACCGCCCCUUGUUGAGGAAACAACUGAGACUGGCAUCAAACUACCACCGCUUACCUCUUAUUCAGAUGUUUUCAGCGAUUUGAAGAAGCCGGAUGAUGUAUUGGUUUGUGGACAUUGUAGAGAACGUUGUGAUUCUCCUUUCUAUCGACAUAACAAGAGUAUUGUCAACAUAUGCGAAAAGUGUUUCAAGAAUGGAAACUAUGGGGAGAACAAUGCUGCAGAUGAUUUUAAGUUGAUUGGGAAUUCAGCUGCAGCUGUGUGGACCGAGGAAGAGACCCUCCUCUUGCUAGAAUCUGUGCUGAAACAUGGAGAUGAUUGGGAACUCAUUGCACAAAGUGUUUCUACAAAGAGUAGACUCGAUUGCAUUUCGAAACUCAUUGAGCUCCCGUUUGGAGAGUUUCUGAUGGGUUCUGCUUCUGGAAGACUCAUUUCCUCUAUCCCCACCGAGGAUGAAAACGUGGAACAGGUGAAAACUGAUGGUCAAGAACAUGAGGAAACCGAGACAAGGGAAGAAAAAGAAGAUCACGUGGAUGAAGAUGAGCCUCAAGCAAAAAGGAAACGUGUUGCACUGAUAUCAGACGGUGAUAGUUCACUUAUGAAACAGGUCGCUGCCAUGGCAAGUAAAGUUGGUCCAUCUGUCGCAACUGCUGCUGCAAAAGCUGCACUUGCAGCUCUUUGUGAUGAAGCCUCAUGUCCAAAAGAGAUUUUUGACACUGGUGACUACAGCAAUUUCACAGUUGACAGAGCUGAUGGAGACAAAGAUACAGAUUUGGAGGAACAGCAAGAAGACAAAGACGAGCUUCAGGGUCUACCUUUAGCAUUAAGGAUAAGAGCGUCAGUGGCAACAGCUCUAGGAGCAGCGGCUGCACAAGCGAAAAUACUGGCUGAUCAAGAAGAAAGAGAAAUGGAACAGUUAGUUGCGACUGUAAUAGACCAACAGCUCAAGAAACUGCAGAGCAAAUUGAAGUUUCUGGACCACUUGGAAUCGAUAAUGGAUGCAGAAGAGGAAGUGAUAGAGGGUGUAAAGGAAACAAUCAUCCAAGAGAGGAUUAGCGUUUUGCAAUGCGCGUUUCGUAGCGGGAUUACCAAACGUUGGGAUCAUACGUACGUGAAAUGAUCUUCUUUUUCUUUUUUUGUUUCGCUUGGGGUAGAUUUGUUUUCUCCUUAUUCCUGAAAUGAAAAAAAUAGAUUUGU